CCGCAAUUGAGAUGCCGUCGGAGCAUCAGGUUAUGCAUCUGCUAUAUCUUUAUUCGGACUUGAUCCAGUGCCGUUCGUUCAGGGUGGUUAUACUUUUGGAGACCUUGGGACAGCACUUCCGAUGAACCUGAACGCGACGGUUUCUUCAUACCAAAUUGACACAAAAUUCCAAAACUGCUCUCAGACAACGAAUUUUACCGCUGCCCCUGGGGACGGCAUAUACGCGAUGGUACUUCCUUUCGAGCCUUGCGAUGAAGAUUCACAAGUUCCCAGACAUUUCUGGCCGAUAUAUGUCGCCCUUUAUGCCUUCGAACCGAGCCCCGCCAUAUCGGUCACGAGGUGCUCGCCAACGAUCACACUUCACAACGCCUCUGUCUUCAUUGGCGUACAAGAUUCCACAGUGCAGAGUGUCACUCUUCUGGAAGAUCCACAGAUGGAUGAGGAAGAUAACAAGCUGUCACAAAACAUUUCUACCAUUCCGGACGGCCUCUUGAGUGCAGGAGAUUCGUUCAUUGGGCUCAAUGGAUUUUUUUGGGAUGAGUUGGCAAACCUUAGCGAUCUGUACUGCGAAAAGACAAUAAUAGACCAGUUCAGAACGGUAUUAUGGAUGACCGUGGAGAACGGGCCGGGGCUCGACAGGAUAUUCGCGCCACGCAACAACCUGACCUCGAUCGUGGAGUCUUUAUAUGAACCCUACUUGGCCAUGCUCGCGCGAAGCUACUAUUAUACCGAGUACGACAACGUGAGGACGACAUUGAAGAUCACACAAUUUGAACAGCGGCUCAGUAUGAAUGAUGUCACGGUGCACUACCUUGCCCUCGCAUUGGUCAUGUUUGCGUGCGCUGGACUUGCUGUUCAGGAACUUCAUAGACGAGAUAGCCGAAAACUGCGUGUGUAUUUCUUGCCUGGGACGAUCGCCGCGGCAGCGGUUAUCACGUCCGGGUCCGCAUGGGCAAAUGAACUCGACGGCCGGCAGAGCCUCGAGCAAGUCACUGCCUCGCUCGCGGAGAGGACUUUCACAAUCGAUCAGAAGGCGAAUAAGAUUGUGGAAGAGGAUGAAGCUCCGGUGAUUGAUGGACGCAACAAUUCCGGGCUCGACUUCGAAAUGACGGCAUAAUACCGCUCGCAACGAUUGGCGGACUCUGUUCUGGACAACAUGUGCGUUACAAGGAGGAUAUUUACUUCAAUUGACACC